AUGGGAAAAUCAGAUAGAAAAUUAACAGAAGAGAAUAGUAUAGAAAAUGGAGUUAAACCAGGGAAAUUAACAGAAGAAGAAAUGGAUGCAAUUGAUAAUUCAUCUCAAUCAAAGAUAGUAGCGAUUGCAAGUAUGGCAAAAAGAUUAGGAUUAGGACUUGGAAGUGAUUUAUCACAAGUGGAAUAUCCAUCAUCUUUUAUAGCACCUUUUUCAACUUUAAAUUUCUUUUCAAAUAAUUUUGCAAAUCAUUUCAAUAUUUUAUUACGUGCAAAUAAAAUUGAAAAUGAAAUGGAUAGAUUAAUUGAAGUUUUUAAAUAUUCAACAACAAUACAUAAAAUUCCAGAAGAUUGUAUGAAAGUUCCAUUGAAUGCAGUUAUUGGUGAAACUCAAUCAUUAAAUUUUCAAACACCAGAUUUAAAUAGUCCAAAUGAUUUAAUUUCAGAUAAUUAUUUAAUAACUGAACAAGUUAGUGAAUUACCACCAAAUACUGCGACUUGUAUAUAUAAUAAAAAGGAAGGCGUAAAAGCAUUAUUUAACCAUGAAUCAAAGAUUGUAUUUCAAAUUACAAAUGUAAAAACCCCAACAACUGGUAGAAAAUAUGUACGUUUUGAUAAAUUUGAUGAGGAAUAUGAUAUUGAAUUCCCAGUUUUACAUAGUCGUUUCAUGAGAGGUUUCGUUGAAUAUUGUGGUGAAGGUUCAAUUAAAUCAAAUAAAUCAAAAUGUUUUGUUUCAACAAAUUAUAUUGCAAAACCGUUAAUUGGUGGUAAUUAUCAUGCAUAUGAAGCUAAAGUUUAUAAUGGUAUUGAUUCAAAACCAAUAUAUAAAAUUAGUGGUCAAUGGGAUGGUGAAAGUAAAAUAACAAAUUUAAAAACAAAUGAAACAAAACCAUUCUUUAAAAAUAUUACAACUACUACAAAUUUCACUCCAACAAUUUUAAAUACUGAUUCAAGUGUAGUUUGGGGUAAAAUCAUUCAAUCUGUUGCUCAAGGUAAACCUAUCAAUUUAGCAAGAGAAAAAUCAAAAAUAAUUGAAAAUCAAAAAACUUUAAAUUGGGCUCCAUCACAAUUCUUUUUAAAUCUUGAAAUGGGUGUUUGGGAACCAAAAUUAUUAAAUGAUUAA